GCCAGUGAUGGGACUGGGGUCCGUUUCCCACUGCUAGUGCAUGCUCGCGUAUUACUGUUCCGCUGUGCUCUUGUUUUAUUCAGCAACGCGUCGCGAGCUACGGGAGCCCUUUUAUGCAGUGCCAGCGACCAAUGUGGCAAUAUCUGUAAGUGAUUGUGCAUCAGGAGCAUUGCCCGUCACCAGACCGUUACACGGGAGGAUGUCGAGCCCGCUGAGGUCGGUGGACGCCGUGUACCCGGAGCCCCUCUCCCGGAUGCACCGGCUAGAGACGCACCCCAACGCCUACAGGAGGGCGGUCAAGAAGAAAAUGAACCGCGCCGGGCGGUUCCGCACCCAGCCCGUGACCUUCGAUGAGAUCAAGGAGGUGGAUGAGGAGAGCCUGGACGACGAGUCGGCCGUGACCAAGGCCAACCGCACGGCCGGCGCCACGGCCCAGUCGGAGCGGGACCUCAGUCGACCCCUGGCGACCGCCGCCAGCCCGCCCAUCCAGGUGCCGGCGGCGGCGCACCGACCGGCGGCGCCCUCGCCGCCCGACACCGACGCCGAGGACACGUUCCCCGGCUACGGGCUGAGCCCGCGGCACGGCCGGCCGCGGGGCAGGCCACGCAAGUCCAUAUGACGCCGCCGCCGACCGGCCGGCCGCCUGUGAUAGACGCCGCGCGUGCAGGCGCCGCCACGCGCGCACGACCCACUUCAGGACGCGCCCAACGAAAACAGCGCGCCGCCGGGCCGCCACCGGCCGACGGCGCUAUUUUUAGGGUGUGCAACGUGGUUUUGGAAGUGGGCGGCGGCCGCGACAGCCCAGCCGCUGGCGGAAGUCAGUGGUCGUGGUUCGGCGUGCGGCCGCCAUGAGGCAGCACCAUCGUCCGGAUCGCUACGAGUCGCCAAACUGGGAGUGUGACGCGGUGGCGCUGACCAGCGGCAGGUCAAGGAGCAGAGCCCGGGGCUGGGCCGCCGCGCGCAGUGGUGUGACACCAGCGCACCCGGUGACUGGGCCGCCGCGUGCAGUGGUGUGACACCGGCGCACCCGGUGACUGGGCCGCCGCGUGCAGUGAUGCGACACCGGCGCGCGCGCACGCUGAAGUGCCUCCUGUCGUAGCGUUUGCCAUUUUAAGGGAGGACGAGACGUGCUGGUGCACAAUGGAAGCUCGUGUGUGUGGACGCUGUGCGGAUGGAACGCGAGUAGGGGCUGACGCCGCGCGCCGCAGUCUGUGGUGUUCGCUCUGCAGGCAAUUGUUCGUCUUCCGAAGUCAUCACACUGACUUUUGGGCUACGCGGGUGCACUUCCAUCAAAAUGGCCAGAACCGCUCGCAGCGUGGCAUUCUGUGCACAGAAACCCCAGCAACGAAGAAGCUGCCCUCCCUGAACGUAAGGUUCAUCGCAUAUUGUUUGCUAGUUUUGCGCGGUGCUCGGUAGCUGGCAUAAAGUGGCGGCUUGCUUGCGGUUAUGAGGAGGUCGCGGUGGUCGUUACAUCCUGAGCAGGUGUUGUGCCCGGGAUUUCACAGCUGUCACCCGGUGCCAAGGCAUUUAAUGAUUAGUGAUUGCGUUCGUGAGAACAGAACACCGUGAACGGCACGUGCUGAACAGCCCACACCGGGGACGAUGAACCGGAAGGCGCGUGGAGUGCACAGCCUUCACCUCCACGUCCAUCCGUCGGGUGCGGCUGCGUCAAUAGAUUGUGCAAUAAGACGGUGGGCAACGGUGCGGCUACCAACACUCGCGUCGUGACCUUGCCGCCAGGGAGCUUGUCGCGGCGAGUGUGGUCAGGGCGGCAGCCGCUCAGCGAGGGCUCCGGGCGAAAUAAAUGAAUACUUCGUG